CACUAACGUAUUCCAUUUUGAAAAUUUUCUUUGUUCUCUACCUCUGUGAUAUUACAGUUACUUCUUCUAAUUGCACAAGAUAUCCUGACGGCUGUUGCCCUGGUUACGUCUGGAGUAAUGAGACAGACAACUGUGCAGAAUGUGUAGAUGGAUUUUCUGGCAUAGCAUGUUUGAAGAAAUGCUCCUACCCAUCGUAUGGAGCAAAAUGCGGUCAGACAUGUAAUUGUUCUAAUGAAGCUUGUGACUUCCGAACAGGUUGCCCGAGAUAUUCUGUCUUGAUGAUAUGGAAAACUUAUCUAAGAAUCAACGAUGAUGCAAUGUAUGUGGUAAAUGUGUAGCUUUGAUAAAGAAAGGAAAACUACUGGAGGAGGCUGUCUAAGGCUUGUCAACUUAGAAAUGUGAUUACAAAGAGAAAGGUGAGUAUUUGUAUUGAUAAACGCACAUCUUCAACUUUCAUAGACAUAACGCGAAAUAACUUGGCUACCAAUAGAAAUAUACAACGAAACGUCUUGCAUCUUAAUAUGAAAUAAAAAUGUUUUUGAACUGAAACAAUUCAUGAUGGUGAGUAAUUGUGGCGAUAAUGUAGUAUUUCUACUGAAAUAACAGGUAUCUUAUCAUAAUAUUUUUUAACGUCAAUACACUGUCUCUGAUAUCAUUCAUCAAAAUUUCUCUUAUAUUUCUUAAUAUUCUGCAGAAGUGCAUUCGAUUACAUUCAUCCCUGUAUACUUUUGAUUCACACUGUAAUCUCGAAGGAAGACAUUUCCUUACUUCGUCUACAAAAUCUGAAGAUGACUCCACUUCAUAGCAUAGGAAUGCAGAUGAAAAGAAGCAAAGGAUAUUCACACGGCGUCCUCUAAUUCUGCAGUUACAUGUGUAAUCAUUUCUCCCUUCAAUUCAAAUUUGAUAGAUCUACAUGUAGAACACGUGUAGGGACAUGUUGAGAAUGAAGUUUUUUUAGAAAAAUUGUUGUUUUUUAAAAGACGGGGGAUUUACUUUGAUAUACAUGUAUACAGUAUUUUUGUCAUUAGGUACUUUGAUUUAAAUACACCUACAUACCAUCUCUAUGAUGAUUGCAAAAAGAAUACAAUGAGACAAAAGUCAAACUACAUAUACAUACAAAUUUAUUGGAUAGAAGCGUUGUUUAAUGUUGAUUUAGAUAAUGUGAAGAUUAUAAAUGCAAAUUGAUGCUUAUUCAUCCUAGGCACCUGAUCCCACCUCUGGUAUAUCCAGGAGUCCGUGUUUGCCCAGCUCUCUAUUUUGUAUUGCUUAUAGGAGUUAUGAGAUUGAUAACUGAUCAUUAUAUAUGCCUUUCAUUGAGGAGAAUAAACCGUUUCAACUUCCCUGAAGUACGCUAUAAACUCUCCCAGUAUAUCCAUGAUCGAUCUGCCACGCUCGAUGAUCGGAAAUUAUAUCAUUCACUAAGCCAUUAAAAAUAAUAAAAGUACAAUCUUCCAUUGCAUUGUAUUUUAAAUCCCUGGGAACACCUGCUGGGGUAUUUAAAUGCAUUUCUAUCAACUGAUGUAAUGCUACUCGUGUAUAUCGAGUACAAUUGACUCCCUAUAUAAAAACAAUUACCUUAAUAAUACGCGGAUCUUUAAAUUUUCCCAAACAUAUUACGUUUGAACUCCUCACAAAGUAAGGGGAUGGGCUACAUUACGAGUCUGGCUUAAUAUUUUACAACCUAAACAGUAGAGAAGAUGGACAAAAUUUAGCAAUCGUAUAGGAGUGAUCUUAACAUUGGUUUUUCUUCUGGAUUUGCCCUUUGUAUUGAUAAUUCAAGUUGGUUUCUAUUGGUUAUUUUUCCAUUACCUUCUUUAAACGGAUGAGAUAAAGCAGGUCUAUGCUGUAUUUUAAAUGUGAGGUUGCGGGUAGCAUUAUAAUGCUAAAGAAUGUUUUUCUAUUUCAUUGGAUUCUUUUUCUUUAUACAUAUUGAUUGAUGAUUUAAAAAGUUAAAUACCCCUAAUUAGUUCACCAUGUCAUAAAUUCUCCGAAAUAUGGUACUUCCUUCUUCAGAAAUCUUUAAAGGGAUAUAUGAUCGAUAGUUUAGGUGUUCCUGGUUCAAAGAUACGAAUAAGGAAGUUUAUUAUUUACCGUAAGUGUUUUUUGUUUUUAUCAUUUUUGGGAAAAUAUACAAUCUUACUAAUCAAAACACUAUACAACUUAAAAACAGAGGAUUAACGUAAAAGCUAUGUUUACCAUUUCAGAGAUACUGUUGUCAAAGAUUAUGUAUACCUGACGUCAUAUGCGAUUAUUUCGUAUUUACGAUUUUCAUGACUAGCUGAAUUUACCCAAUUAUGUAUACAUACAUGAAAAUGAUCAUGAAAAGUGUGCUAUAAAUAGAAACGCCGAAAGAUGUGAAUUCGGGAUACUAAUCGACUUUCCCAUUAGAACUAGCAAAAUACUUUUGAAAUAUCAUCAAGAAUGAAAAUUCGCCAACACCUUUCAUCGUAACAUUUUUGGUUUUGCAUGUUUCUAUCGUAAAUAGUCUCUUAAUUUUAUUCGUUUCAAAGCAGUGAUUAUAUGAAAACUAUGUAUGCACAAGACGUCAUGAAAAUCUUGUAAAGUGGAUAUUUCCCUUAAUUAGCAUAACAUGUAUAAAGGUUCCUUUAUAGGUAUUCUUAUGCAUGAAUAAUUAUGAUAUUUCUGACAGAUUCAUCGGUUACCAGCAUCAAUGACAUUGAAGGAUAUGUACCCAGCACCAGCAUUCGCAUUGGUUUUCUUUAUUUCGACAUGUCCUCCCUGUACAAUAUUUUGUCUGGCUAGCAACUACAGUUCGGUCGACACAAUUCUCCAAGUUCAUGACUGCCCUACUACGAGAGAUGAUUGGAUGGCGGCAUCUAUCAGAAAGAAUUGUUCAUCAAUAGUCGGUAAAUGUUCAGAAUAUAAUCACGGAGCCAAGAGAAUCCAAAGCAGUGGAAUGAAAAUCUGCUCCAACUUUACCCCUCCCUGUCCAACAGUGUAUAACUCCUCGGACGCCUACAUGUAUCAAGGAUGUUAUGAUUUUUCGAGGACUGUGCAAGGAAAUUCUGAAAUGACAAUUACUUUCCCUCCGGUUCCCCCUACAAAUCAGGCUUCGGGUCUGGAAACUGGAAUCAUUUUAGUCUCAAUAGGUUUGGCAGUAGUGGUAUUCGUCGUCGGCUUUGCAGGGAUUAUACGACUUUAUAAGAAGAAUCGAUACAAUCACUCAGAUGAAUGCUGUGAGAAUCUGAACAGAAAUAAACACUCGUGCACGAAUGAAGAAAGUUUUCCUAAGGGGGCCCUCUUGUGAUCCGUCCAUCAACUUUGUCUUGAAUGCAAAUUAUACUAUAAUCAAUUUAUCUAGGUAAUCUGAAUUUUUAAACCUGUCAUGUCAUAUAUAUAGGUACAAAUGAGUGUAUGAAUUUAUUCAUGAAUGUACAAUUUUAUGAAAUAAUGGACAGUUGGUCAUUGACCUUUUCAUAUGUAGUGGUAUGCAUAUAUGGUUAGAUUGGAAAAGUAUGUAUGGAUGGAUGGGUGGAUGGAAAGAAAGAAAGAUAGAUAUACCUGAAUGUAUGUAUGUAUGUACGUACGUAUGAUAUGUAUCGACAGAAAUACACUGCAUACAUAGAAAGAUCAAUAUACCUGUUUGUAUGGAUACAUUUUUUUCAAUAAAUUUCUGAAAGUGUCGGUAUUUUGUGCAUGUAUGGAAGUACCAUUAUUUUGUGCAUGUAUUUGCAUUAAAGAUUUUAUUUUUCUAA